AUGGUGCGGAAGAGACUGCUGCUGCUGUUGAAGCCAUCUUAUGAUCUAUCGCUUCACACCACCGCCGCCGCCACCACCGCCUCCUCCAACCGCGACAAGGUGUUGAAAUACUUGCAUAACAGGACGUUGUCUCACAAAAACACGGUCAACUUCUGCCAGAAAGUUUUGAGCAAAAAAUCCGUUGAAUGGGAAACUGCUCUCCGUAGUGAGAUUUCUGAGCCUAUCCGUGAUGUUGAUCUGGUCAUUGCAAUUGGAGGUGAUGGCACACUACUACAUGCAAGCCAUUUGGUGGAUGAUUCGAUCCCGGUCCUUGGAGUUAAUUCUGAUCCUACUCAACCAAAAGAAGUAGCAGAAUUCAUUGAAGAAUUUGAUGCAACAAGGAGCACCGGAUAUCUUUGUGCUUCCACUGCCACCAACUUUGAAGAGGUUGUAGAUGAUAUCCUCGAGAAUCGUGUCAAACCAUCCGAACUAUCACGGAUGGCCAUUGCUAUCAACUCAAAGCCUAUUCCUACGUAUGCUCUCAAUGAUAUUCUACUCGCUCAUCCAUGUCCUGCAACAGUUUCUCGAUUCUCAUUCAGGAUCAAGCAAGAUGGGGAGCCCUCCCCUCUACUUCACUCGAGAUCAAGUGGCCUCAGAGUGUCGACAGGCGCUGGAUCAACGGCUGCAAUGCACUCAGCCGGUGGAUUCACAAUGCCCAUCUUCUCCAGGGAGCUGCAGUACUUGGUGAGGGAGCCCAUUGCUGCAGGUUCAAACUUAACACACGGGUUUGUAAAAUCGAACGAGACGAUGGAUAUCUCCUGGUUCUGUAGAGAAGGGAAGCUGUACGUUGAUGGUUCGAAUGUGUUCCAUUCUGUAGAGCUAGGGGAUACGAUAGAAAUGUCUUCUAGGGCUCCGCAGUUGAAAAUGUAUCUGUCACCCGAAAUUAUAUCACGUAACAAGUGAAUACACAGAUAUAUAUGAUGUCUCGAGUAGUUUGCAGAUGGUAA